UGAAUAGGAAGUUGACUUUCUAAACAGCCUGACACUGAGGGGAGGCAGUCAGACUAUAAGAAGCCUGGGUUUGGCAAAGGGCAGUGAGCCAGUGAAGUCGCACAGGAGAUGGCCAGCUGCCUAAAAGUCAUCUGGAACCAAAGAUUCCAGAAAGCGGUCUUCGGAGCAGCCCACCUGCUUUACUUCAGUGCUCUGAUCUCUGAGUUAACAAAUCAGAAAGAAGUGGCAGCAUGGACAUAUAAUUACAGCAUAAAAGCAUACUCAUGGAAUGUUUCCCGCGCCUUCUGCCAGAAAUACUACACGGAUUUAGUGGCCAUCCAGAAUAAAAAUGAAAUUGCUCACCUCAAUGAUGUCAUACCCUACUAUAGCUCUUACUAUUGGAUUGGGAUCCGAAAGAUCAAUGAUAAGUGGACUUGGGUGGGAACCAAAAAGCCUCUCACCAAGGAGGCUGAGAACUGGGCAGACAAUGAGCCCAACAAUAAGAAGAACAAUGAAGACUGUGUGGAGAUGUACAUCAAGAGGUCGACUUCUCCCGGAAAGUGGAAUGAUGAUCGCUGCAGAUAUAAAAAGCGGGCGCUGUGCUACACAGCUUCCUGCCAGGACACAUCCUGCAGCAAACAAGGGGAGUGUAUCGAGACCAUUGGGAAUUACACCUGUUCCUGCUACCCUGGAUUCUAUGGCCCGGAAUGUGAAUAUGUCAGAGAGUGUAGAGUACCUGAUGUCCCUGAACACACCCUCAUGAACUGCAGCCACCCCCUGGGAAUGUUCUCCUUCCACUCACAGUGCAGUUUCCACUGUGCUGAAGGGUUCCAAGUGAGUGGACCCAGCGAGCUGGAAUGCGUGGCUUCUGGAAUGUGGACCAGUGAGCUCCCGCAGUGUGAAGUUGUGCAGUGUGAGCAUUUGGAAACUCCCAGUAAAGGAACCAUGGACUGUGUUCAUCCACAUGCUGACUUUGCAUAUGGCUCCAGCUGCAAAUUUGAGUGCCAACCUGGCUAUCAAGUGAGAGGCCUGGACACACUUCACUGCAAUGGCUCUGGCCAGUGGACUGCACCCCUGCCAACCUGUGAGGCUGUCAUGUGUAAGCCACUGGAGAGCCCCGACCAUGGAAGCAUGGAUUGCUCCCCAUCUGAAGGGGCAUUUCCAUACAACGCCAACUGCAGCUUCCACUGUGCUGAGGGUUUCGUGCUUAGAGGAGCUGAUGAAGUGCAGUGUGCCGACUCGGGACAGUGGACAGCACCAGCCCCUGUCUGUCAAGCUUUGCAGUGCCAGGAACUUCCACCUCCAAAUAAGGCCCAGGUGAACUGCUCCCACCCCUUUGGUGCCUUCAGGUACCAAUCAGUCUGCAGAUUCUCCUGUGACGCGGGCUCGCUCCUGGUGGGAGCAAGUGUGCUUGAGUGCUUGGACACUGGACGUUGGAGCGCUGUCCCUCCAGAAUGCCAAGCCAUUACCUGCACACCUUUGCUGAGCCCUCAGAAUGGAACAAUGACCUGUGUCCAACCUCAUGGAGACUCCAGUUAUAAAUCCACAUGCCAAUUCAUCUGUGAUAAGGGCUUUUCUUUAUCUGGACCAGAACGAUUGGAUUGUACUCCAUCUGGAAGCUGGACAGGCUCUGUGCCAACAUGUGAAGCCAUCAAGUGUCCAGAACUCUUUGCCCCACAGCACGGCAGCCUGGAUUGUUCUGACAUUCAUGGAGAAUUCAGUGUUGGCUCCACCUGCCAUUUCUCCUGUAACAAAGGUUUUAAGAUGGAGGGGUCCAAGAAUGUGGAAUGUAAAGCUUCAGGAAGAUGGUCAGCACCUCCACCAUCCUGCAAAGCAAUUGUAUCAGUUCUUACUCCAGAGGUGCAAUGCCCAGCUCUCACCAUUCCCAGCCAGGGAACAAUGUCCUGUAGGCACCAUCUGGCAAUCUUUGGUUUGAAUACCACUUGUUACUUUGGAUGCAAAGCUGGAUUCACCCUUAUGGGAGACAGUGCUCUCAGAUGCAGACCUUCAGGACAAUGGACAGCAGUAACUCCGACAUGCAGAGCUGUCAAAUGCUCGGCAUUGCAAAUUAAUAAUCCAGUAGAGAUGAACUGCUCCAUUCCUUGGGGAAACUUCAGCUAUGGAUCAACCUGCACGUUCUAUUGUCCAAAGGGUCAGUUACUUAAUGGCUCAGCGAGAACAGAAUGCCAAGAGAAUGGCCAGUGGUCAGCUCCCAUGCCAACCUGCCAAGCGGGGUCAUUGACUGUCCAGGAAGCCCUCACUUAUGUUGGUGGAGCAGUGGCUUCUACAACUGGUCUGGUAAUGGCUGGAACCCUCCUGGCUCUACUAAGAAAGCGUUUCCGACAGAAAGAUGAUGGUAAAAACCCCUUGAGCCCUCAGAGCCACCUAGGAACAUAUGGAGUUUUUACAAAUGCUGCAUUUGACCCCAGCCCUUAAGAGGCCUGGUCUUCUAGUCAUCUCAUUCAAGCUCCACAGGUUCCUGUUUGUGAACACCGGGUUUCCUGCUAGACCCGACUGGGACUGUAACGUGUUUGCUGCAGUUUUCUGUAAAUACUUGUGAAUAAAGGACUUGGCAUUUCCUUUCAAUUAGCUCUGGGUCAAAGCAGGAUUUUACCACAUUCCCAAACUCUCCACUCACCAGCCCUUCCUGCUCGACCUCUGCUCUUCCUGCAACAAAGCUGCAGAAGCCAGAGCAGACAACUUGUUGGAAGACCAGCUGGUGGAGCAAGAGCACCACCUCUUUAUUUUUGGGCUGAAAGGGAGGGGUCCGUUAGUUUGUUGGAAGACAGGCGCCUUCUCAACUUGGAGGACUUCCUGUGCGGUCUCCUGGACCCUCCAGUGGUUGCUGCUGCUGCUGAGGCCUCCUACACUUCUGCUGUUGAUGUUUCCAGAGCUGCCUCCAGAUGGUACUGGGAACUAUGGAAAACCAGGAAUCAAGACUAUUCAGUUCGCCAAACAGAAAGACCAACAUUCAAGUGUAUAAAUAAAAUGAUCCC